AUGUGUCUCCCAAACUCCGCUACCACAGGUCCAGCGAAUCCGCCCCCGCGUCCUCCUCCACACGCAGGUCGAAUGGCAGAGGAGGGCGCCUCGGCUACUGUCAUCCUCAUCAACUUCGAGGGCCAGCUGGCUGCUCUGAAGGUCUUCAGUCCCAUCUUCAAGAGGUGGCUUGCGGAGUAUGAGUAUUCGUACCUGCAGUUCGUCGGGGGCCAAGGGGGGGCGCCCGUCCCCCUGGGCUUUUGUUACAAGCCUAUGGCCAUCAUCAUGUCGUACAAUGAAGGUAAGACUUUAAGUGAGGUCCUCAAGAGGCAGGAUAUGACUGAGUGGAUGUUUUUGGAGGUGGCAGCCAACCUGAUCUCCAAAGUGCAGGAAAUGCAUGACUUGAGAGUCAUCCACAAUGACCUCAAGGAGGAUAACAUCGUGGUCAACGAUGAACUGGAAGUCUCCGUGAUCGAUUUCGGAUGCGCUACUUUCGAUGGGCAGACUCUGGGCUACCCGAUGUUUAAGGCUCAUUGGCUGGACCCCGCCCUCCAGAAGGGGGGAAGGAGCAACUACGCCACUGACACUUUCUCGGUUGGGUACCUGCUGAGCAAGAUUGCUGUACGAAUGACACACGGAGUGCAACUGCAACAGCUCGCGAGCAAAAUGGUCUAG